GAUGAGCAGUAUGUCAGCUUUGUUUCAGUUGUCGAUGUGGAUCAGGCACUGCCAUGGUUACUUAACAGAAAAUGUUGGAAUACCUGUCUGGGGCUCCUAUGCUGUUUUUGCCUUGGCAACUCUAUUCUCAGGACUCAUCCUGGGACUUAUCAUGGUGUUCUUAGCAGACUGCAUCUGUCCAUCCAAACGACACAGACCACCACAGUACCCUCAUGCAAGAGAGCUAGCUCCAGAGUCAGCUCAGCUGCUGAAAAAGCUGGAUGAAGAGCAAGAAGCAGAUGAGGAAGAUAUCUCAGAUGAUGAAGCAGAGGAUAAAGAGGUGUCCAACAGAAACUCGUCACCGAAUACCGUCAGGCAGCGCCCAGUGAACCCUGCUGCUACACUGGAGAAAUCUUAG